AUGUUUCAUCAUCCACUUUCUGCCGCAAAACCAGUUGUGGUUAUUCCCAGGAUGUCUGGUACUUGUAAGGAGUGUGGUUGUAGUUGCAACACUUGCUUCAAUUAUAACAGCCUGGAUCUACACCAACAGAUUGAGGAGCUGCAAAGUCGCUUGUUACGCAGCAAUCGGAACAUCCACCAGGCUGAAGAGGAGCUUAUGCAGAAUAAGCAAGCUGCUGAAUAUGAAAUAUCAAAGCUCAAAGAGGAAUUAUCCCGACUUAGAGAUCGGUACGACAGAUUAAUGGAAAGUCAUAAAUGCCUUCAAAGACAGAACCAUAGUUUGGAAGAUAAACUUCUAAAAGUUGUAAGUAUCUUUCUUUCUUUUCUUUUUUUCUUUUCUCUUUUUCUUUUUUUCUUUUCUCUUUUUCUUUUCUCUUUUCCUUUUUUCUUUUCUCUUUUUCUUUUUCUUUUUUCUUUUCUUUUUUUUUUUUUCUUUUUUCUUUUUUUUUUUCUUUUUCUUUUUCUUUUUUUUUCUUUUUUUUUCUUUUCUUUUUUCUUUUCUUUUUUUCUUUUUCUUUUUCUUUUCUUUUUCUUUUUUUUUUUUUUUUCUUUUCUUUUUUCUUUUUCUUUCUCCUUUUCUUUUUCUUUUUCUUUUUUCCUUUUCUUUUUCUUUUCUUUUUCUUUUCUUUUUUCUUUUUCUUUUUUCUUUUUCUUUUUUCCUUUUCUUUUUCCUUUUCUUUUUUCCUUUUCUUUUUUCCUUUUCUUUUUUCCUUUUCUUUUUUCCUUUUCUUUUUUUCUUUUCUUUUUUCUUCUUUUUUUCUUACUUUUUCUUUAUAUUUUUCAAAUUUGGUGCAGUGAUGAGGCACUUGGCUCAGUAAAUAAAUUUGAAGCCGAAAAAACUACAAUACAAAAAGAUUAUGCUGCCGCAACAUCCAAGUUGGUGGACACUCGAGUCACCAUAUGUGAGUUAGAAGAAGAAAAUGAUCGUUAUAGGAAAGAUUGCAAUUUGGCUGUGCAGUUGUUGCAAUGUAAACCUUCAAGUUUUGUUGCACAUAAACUGAAUUCUCUCCCCCCUGACCUUCAAGAACGUGUUAAAUGCCACAUGACCCGAGAAGAAAUCAUUAACAUGGAGGAGCCACCCCCUUCAAAAGAAACCAAAUUAAUUCGUGUUCCUAUGCAAACUUUUCCCCCAACUGCCAUGGUGUACUCAAUCAACAACCAGACCGAUGUCCACAACAAUGACAAGUCAAAAAAUGCCACAACAACAGAGACUGUCCCAAUGACUCUGAUUGCAAAAGUCCUCUCCCAUCCAGAACCAACACGCAAACCACGCAAGACUUACAUUUGUUUUCGAUGCAAACGUGACAUAGUGUUGGUCGAUCAGGAAGCACAGACCUGUUUGGGCAAAGAUAAAGACUCCUCUCUAACCGCUGUGUCUUCAAAUCUCCGAGUUCAUAAAAGUAAUCGGACAAGGUUAAAUUCAGCAGAAACUGAAAUUUAA